AUGUGGAGCCUCACACUACGAUAUGGAUGGAGGUCCCCGAAGAAUGAGAAGAUGGGAUUCAUCUGGUUGAGGAAAGCAGCUGAUCUCGCACUAGGUAUGGGCGGGAAAGAAGAAAUCAAGAACGAGCUGGUCCUCGCAAUGUACGGAGUUGGGCGGUGUUUCUUCCCUGGCUGGGGUGACCAGAAGAAUGUUGUGGUGAGUUAUUCGCGCUGGAACGAUAGCAACUGUUGCCCUGAUGCGCAGAGUGAUUUGGCGUUCUUCCUGGCGAACAGGAAGGGAUGUAAACACCACGAACAUACUCCCGUCUCGAACACCGACCGUAGUGACUUCUUCAAGUUUCUGUCCUUGGAUACGGACGUUGGCGAGUAG